UCAAUAACACUUUUUUUCAGAAAUAGAGAAAUCAGAUGAGCAGAGUGAAGGAGAUUCUGCACCGGAACGUCAGGAUGAAGAGACUGAGAGCAUUAAAUCAUUGGCUCUUUCAAAGAAGCUAAGCAGAUCAAGAACUUCUCUCUUUGAGGAAAAGGUACCAGAAAUGCCCAUGAUCCAACUUCCACAGGAUUAUAAUCCACUUGUGGCACUCAACCAAGUGGAAAUGUUGUUUAACUUAGUCCUGAAGACUUCAAGGAUGAUUCCUGAAAGAACCUUUAAAUGCCGUGACAUUCAGCAAGCAGUUAAGCAGGCUGCUCAUCUGAGACGUGUAAGAGACAUUCAAGCAAUAGGAUGCAUUACUGUGGAGAUGUUUAAUGCUCCAAAAUGUCGAGUGCUUAGUAACAGGGCAAAGCUACCAGAGAGAUAUGCCCAUGCCCUCAAACUAUUGAUGAAUGAUCAGAUUGACAUACCAAGGUGCAUCCGUCACACACUACAGGUUAUAUUUCAGAUUUACAGUGCAAGAGACACUAGAGACUAUGUUCUCCCUAACAAGUAUGAGCCUGUGUCUUCAGAUGGUCUCCCUCCUCCCAGCCCUCACCAGCUUCUUCAGUCUCUGAUUAAUGUAAUUGUCUUCCCUUCAUAUUUCCCUAAAUUGUAUGCCUUUGUGUGCAAGAUGAGGCAGUACUCACAACUCCUUAGUGAAGCUCAACUUUCAUGUUGUGAUCUGCAAAAGAGGAAUGAGUACAUCAUGAAAGUGGCUGAAAUUAGGGUCAAGAUGGCUGCCAAGGACCUUCCAAAGAUAUUACCAAGUCUGUCCUCUGAAGGAUUGAGUCUUAUUCUGCCGUACCUCAUAGAGCUCUUUGAAUUCCCAGAGAGUGCUGUAAAUGCUGCCUGGUACCUGACAAGUCCCCUAGCCCAGGCCCUUGGGCCAGAGGAAGCAAACAAACACCUCUUACCACCAGUUGUUAAACUGUUUGAAGCUGAAACUGUCACAGACAAACAUCUAAAGCUCUUCCAUCGCUCUUUCUUACUGCAGCUAAUAGUCUGGUUUGGGUUACAUAAGUUCCUCACCUUCUUUGUCACACCAUUAAUAGAGGGUGUAGGAGGUUACAAAGAAGUUUUAGGAAGAGCACAACAGGCUGCAGAAAUAGUGAGGAAACAGUCAACUACACUGAAGAGUGUGGACAUAAGCCUGGGUAGUGAAGGAGUUACCUCCCCUUGUGAGGAGGACUCACACUCCAGCAACACAGAGCUCACCCUCAGAAUGGAGGCAGAAGAAGCUGGUGCUGCAAGAGUAGAAGGUGACCUCACAGAUGCUGAGGCAGAGGCUGAGCCAGAGGUGUUCGUGUUUGAAGGCGGGGAGGAAGAAGUAGAAGCUAGUUCGCCUGAUACACCCAUGCAGGAUGCUAGUGAUCAGCUGAGAUCGCCUCUUGCAUCAGAGACCAUUAGCUUGGAUGAAGUGUCCCUGCAAGAGGGCAUUGGCUCCAUCCCCUCCCUGUGUCCAUCCCCCCACUCACCUUCCAUGAGUGGAGAUGAAGAUGAGGCUUCCAGUAAUCCUGACACUCCAACCCCUCUGGUGUCUGCAUACUCUCCCUCGAGUGUGUCUACGACCACAGGCAUUACCAUACCAAAGAGUGGCACAGAUGAGAUGGCCCUGAUAAAGUCAAUAGGGGAGCACUCCACAUCAUUGCCCAAUUUCCGCUUAGAAAAGGAACCUCAUGUCACCAACAUUGACAUAGGUGAAGGCAACUCUGACACCCUGACAGCUACAUUCAGAGAAUCAGAAAAUCAAGAUGCCAGGCAUAAGAUGGACCUAGAUCAUAACAUGUCAGACGUUUGUUGUGAGAGUGUCCUUUGGUUGGCAGGCAGACUAGGUCCAGUGCUUACUUCACGUUACAUGACUCGGAACUUGCUGAGGAUGCUGACACUCUGUUAUCUGCCAGACUCUGGAGCUCUGACUCCCAUCCCCUCAGAUCCUUUAGAUGAACUUUCAGUGACCAGAAAGCGUAUCCUUGGAGAUCGUUAUGCUGCAAAGGUUCUCCAUUGCCUGUCAGAAAUUGCUUGUCUAUAUGGAGAACAAGUUAUACUCCUCCAGUACCUGUGUCAUAUAUGUGAGCUUGUUGCCUCAUGCCGACGCAAGCUAUCUGCUACAAUGGAAGGAGGACUGUUAGGUGCCAUGGCCUUGCUGCAACAUCUUCUUCCCUACCUGACAGACAGCACCUUUAUGGAGCACUUACAGGAAACCCUUAUCCGCAAUGCUGUGUAUCCAGUUAUUCGACUUCUAUCAUCCACUAAAGUCAACUUCCCCCAUGGCGGAACAGCACGAGGAGUGCUAGCCUGUAGGGUCAUUGACUGCCUCUUCAUCAUGGCUCUGAGAGUAGGACGAGGAGUACAUUUAAUGCCAACCAUAACCAGGCUAAUGACAGCCUUUGAUAAAUGUCACAGCAGUUCUAAUCAGCUUGGUGCAUCACCCAGAUCACUAGAAGCUGAGGAACUUCUAGGUGGGAGUGAGGAGGGAACUCCUGGAGGCAUUCAGGCAUCCCCUGGAUCAAGUACUGACUCUGUUAAAGCCAAAGCAAUAGAGGAGUUAAAGCAGGUCCUGACUCCAGAACUGGCCUACUUGUCCUAUGUCCCAUUGUGCAGGUUCUUGGGAGCUUCCUAUAUGGAAACCACCCUACCUAACCAUGACCUGUUGCGCUCUCUAUGUCUACAGUAUGAUGAGAACAAUCAGGCUCACCAUGCAGCUGUAUUGACAGAUGAUGGCUUGGCUAUGAACAGUUCUGGUACCCCUAGUGAAGAACUAGGUGGGCGAAGACCAAGCAACCGAGGAACUAAUGUGGCUGUCACUGGAAAUAGAAUAGAUAUAAAGGAUGCUCCAGAUAGUGUUAUUACACCUCAGUCAGAACUUCCCCCUUCCAUAGGUUUUGCAACAACUGUUGAUAUUUCAAAAUAUACAGGUGGAAAAAUGGAUAAUACUCAAAGGCAUCUACGGGGCAACUGGCUGGCUUACUGGGAACACGAAAUUGGAAGAAGUGAACAAGACGCUAGGUUUAAUUUCAAGCAGAUCAAGCUGCAAACAUUUACUGGUCAUACAAACAGUGUCAAGUCCAUCCACGUGCUAGAUAAUGAGAAUUCUUUCAUCUCGUGUAGCAAGGAUAAAACUGUAAAACUUUGGUCUUUACGGAGUCAGGGUGAUGGUAAUGCCCAUGUUAGCACUCAGUGGACAUACACAGGUCACAAGAAAUCAGUUUUUGGUGUUGCUUUUUCUGACUCAAUGAGGUAUGCAGCCUCUUGUGAUUCAACUGUUCAUGUGUGGGAUCCAUUUAUUUGUGCCUGUAUAAAGCAAUUGGAUUCCUUGCGCCACAGCCCUGUCACUGUGCUGACUGCAAUGGCAGCUCCAUCAACACAGUUGGUGGCAGCUACUACAGAUGCUACAUUACGAUUCAUAGACCUUCGUACUUGCAGUUACACACAUGAGUUUAAAGUAUCAAUGGGAGGUGCUGGUCUUGUGCGAUGUAUUGAUACAAGUGGAGAUGGCCGUCUUGUGACAGUAGCCCAUUCCUCAGGUGUUAUAUCAGUUCUCGACACUCGCACAGGACAUUUGCUCUCCACUUGGAAACCACAUGAGGGAGAGGUAUUAUGUAUGCAGUGGUACAAGGGAGGCACCUUCAUUAGCUCUGCAUUAGAUCAGACUGUGUCAGUGUGGAGUGUGGACGACAACAAACUCAAGUUUACUCUCAGGGGCCCAACAGAACCAGUUCACCUCAUCAGUCUGUAUGGAGAUGAAGUGAUAACUGGCACUACAGCAAAUCGUAUUGGAGUUCACACAUCAGUCUCACCCACUGCAUCAUUCUCAUCAACAAGGCUUCGUUCAGACACCUUUAGAGGUGUUUUGACCACUAUGGCAGUUUUGCCUUUAAACAGAUUACUGCUUUUAGGGGCAGAUAAUGGGACUAUACGGUUACUCUGUUAGACAAUUGACUUCCACAUUUCUUGAGAAGUUUAUGUUGACCUUCCAGACUACACUAUUCAGCCCUAUAAUUUUAGUUGACAUCUCAGAUGUGCAAAUAAUAUUUAAACUAUCCCUCAUUUGUUACUAAUGGAUUGUGAGGCAGAGCUCAUGCUAUGAAGUGUCAGUAUGAGCCACAGUUUUUUUUUCUC